UCUUUUUUUUUUAUAACUAAAAAAAAAAAUGAUGACAGCCGAUAAUUCAGCUAUUUUUACAGAAACCAAUGAUUUAAUUGCUCAAAUGGCUGAACUUGAGGGUGGACUACACGCCUUGUUAGAAAAAGUCAAGGGGGAUUCACAAAUGACCAAAGAUAUUUCGACAUUUCUAAAAAAGAGAGCAUUUUUAGAAGAAAGUUAUGGUAGGGAUAUGGUCAAAGUGGCCCAGGCAACAGCUGAAGCAUUUGAUAAGGCACAUCCAAAAUCAGGAACAUUUGGUGAUGUCUGGAUAUCGAUGCUCAAGGUACAUGAGAACAUUGGAAACCAGCGCAUCAAAUUCGCUGCUUCUAUCUCAGAUUCAGCAGAAGAUUUGUUAUCAUUAGGCAGAAAUAUUGAAAAAGACAGAAAGAAGAUUAAAGAUGCUGGUAUGCAUUACGAAAAAUUAGUGGCUGAUGCAGAUUUGCAGUUGGAAAAAAGUAAGCAAAAGUUUGAAAACACAAAUGAAGAAUGGGGAAGGGCUGUGUCACAAAGAAAUCAAGAACCUACACAAGCAACAAAAAAAAACCUGUUUAGAUCCAGUAGGACACCUGCUCAACUUGAUCGAACAGAAAUUGAUUGCAGAAACAAAAUGGAUGCUGCUGAUGCUCAAUACAAGGCUCAACAAAAAAAGACGAUUCAAACACAUGCAGAAUAUUACGAGACACAUUUACCAAAAAUACUUCGGGACUUGAAAGCAGUGGAUGAUGAAUGUAGUGUGGCUCUUCGAUAUCAAUUAGCUAGUUAUGCGUACACAUUUGAACAAGCAUUAACAGAAGAUGGGUUAGCAUUAGAUAAUGAUCAAGGCAACGGACUAAGAGGAUUAAUUACCAAGAUUGACAGAGAAGCAGAUUGGACAGAAUUCGUACGAUUAUGUGCAGAACGAAGCGCAAAGAUUCAAAAGGCAGAUAGUGUCCAACACGAUCAUAUGGCCAUGAUGAAUGGAAAUUUUAGCAAUAACCAAGUAUUUGGUGUUCCACUUGAGCAACAGGCAGAGAUGUCAGAAGAUAUGGUCCCUGAUAUUCUAAAGCAAUGCGCUACUGUGGUUGAACAAUACGCAUUAAGUUCUGUAGGUAUCUAUCGUUUGUCUGGCACAAGCAGCAAGAUACAAAAGCUCAAGUACAAAUUUGAAAGUGGGGAUCCCAAUCCUAUCUCAGAAGAAGACUUGUCAGAUAUCAAUAAUGUGACAGGCGUAUUAAAGCUUUGGUUCAGAGAACUGCCUGACCCAUUAUUCCCCUCUGCAACCUAUCAUCAAUUUUUGGAAGCUGCGAAGUUAUCUGAUGAUCGUAGCCGAGUCAUUGGUCUGCAUACAAUUAUCAAUGAAUUAUCAGAUGCACAUUAUGCUACACUCAAAUAUCUCAUGUGUCAUCUUUAUAAAGUUCAAUCGUAUCAACGAUUUAACAAGAUGGGUGCUGCCAAUUUGGCUACUAUUUUUGGCUUAACUUUAAUGAGUAAUGAAUUAGGCUCUCAGAUACAGAUGUCUAGUCAUGAUAAUCAAAGAUUUGCAGAGUCACAGUUACAAGCUAAAGUUGUUCAGACGAUUCUAGAAAACUACACGGAAAUUUUUGAAGAGGAAUAAAGAAAUAAGUGUGCAUUCCUAAAGACUGAUAGCUAGAAAAAAAAAGAGCAUG